UUUGAUACUGACGUUUGAUCCUAACUGUGUUUUCUUAGUUUUUUUUUUGUAAAAAAAGCAGAUCUUAAAAAUCCCAAAGUGAUCUUUUAGGACAGUAUCCUUCUAAAAAUACUGCUUUAUUUUUAUCAAGUUUAUUUUUAAAAAUCGAGACUCAAUAAAACAAAGAGAAUGCAACCGAUGAUUUGCAAUUUGUGACAGUGGGAUCAACACACUUUGUUUUUUAGCUUUUGAAUUUUAAAAUAAUGCUAAUGAAAUACAAAAAAAUUAUUUGAAUUUCGCGUACAUUAAAAAACACUUUUAAAUCAAAAUGAAGGUAACAGUGACCACACUAACUGACUUCAUAUUUGUACUCGAUGUUUCUGAAGAUCUGGAAUUGGAAAACUUCAAGGCAUUUUGUGAGAUUGAGUCGGGUUUCCCUGCAACUGAAAUAGUUAUUGCAUUUAAUGGGAUGCCUUUAAUGGACAACAAAAAGUCUCUUAAAGAUCAUGGAAUUGGUGAUGGAGAUGUGGUUUGUUUACAACAUAUUCUUUCCAGAUCUCAGAGUAAUAUUGAGCAGAAUACCUCUGUUUCUAGCUUUGACUUCAGUAGUAUACAAGUCCCAAACAGCAUGAGACCGGCAAACGCAACCAACAGACCCAGUGAGGAUGAUCCUGUCUUAAUCCGAGACAUGUUUCUUGCUAACCCUGACCAGUUAGCCCUAUUGAAACAGAAUAAUCCUAGAUUAGCUGAUGCUCUACUGAGUGGAAAUAUUGAUACCUUCGCCUCAGUACUGAGGGAACAAGUUCAAGCAAGACAGGACAGGGAGCAACAAAGACUGAGAAUGAUAAAUGCGGAUCCAUUUGACACGGAGGCGCAGAGACUGAUAGCCGAAGAAAUCAGGCAAAAAAAUAUUGAGGCAAACAUGGAAGCUGCUAUGGAAUAUAAUCCUGAAUCUUUCGGAACAGUUGUUAUGCUUUAUAUUAACUGCAGAGUAAACGGGUUUCCUGUCAAAGCCUUUAUUGACUCUGGUGCCCAAACAACAAUUAUGUCAAGUAGAUGUGCAGAAAGAUGUAAUAUAAUGAGACUGGUUGAUACUAGAUGGGCUGGUAUAGCAAAAGGUGUGGGAGUACAAAGAAUUAUUGGGAGAAUUCAUAUGGUGCAAAUCCAGAUAGAAAACGUUUAUUUGACCACCAGUUUUUCAGUUUUGGAAGAGCAACCAAUGGAUAUGUUACUAGGUUUGGAUAUGUUAAAAAGACAUCAAUGCUGCAUAGAUUUGCAUGCGAACGUUCUAAGAAUAGGCACAACAAGCACUGAGACGCCCUUCUUGCCAGAGAGUGAACUUCCUGAUUGUGCUAGACUUAGCACUUUAUCCGAAGAGGACAUCAUUCAGAAGUCUAGAAAGGAAGCUGAAGAUAGGGAUCUACAAGCUGCUUUAAAUAACAGUAGACAAGGUCCAGACUCGUCAAAUUUAUCAGGAUCCACAUCAUCUGUUGCUCCUCACAGCACUACUACUUCUGCAACACCAAAUUCGACACAGCCUAACACAAUUUUGCCCACCGACAGAUUCACUGAUGCUGACGUAACUGAAUUAAUGAGUAUGGGGUUCAAUAGGGAACAAGUUUUCUUUGAGAUGCGUAGAUUUAAUGGGGAAAAGAACCAGGCCGUGGCCGCCUUGUUCGCAAAGUCUUUUAAAUUCUAGAUUUCGCGAAAAUUUGAGAGUGAAUAUGAAAGCAAUAGACCAUAAUAUUAUAUUAUAUUAUAUUAUUGGCGGAAUGUAAGUCAUGCAUGCAUGUACUAAUUAUGUAUCUAUAUUAAUUAAUUUAAUAUUUUUUAGUCAUAAUAGUCUAUACAGAGAGUCAUUAAAAUGUCGUUAAAAAUUUUACAUAAA